AUGACUCCGAUACACAGACAAUUGCUGUAUCUUUUCCUUUUUGGUUACAUUUUGGAAGCAGUAACUGCAUCGGAUGGUGUUGGAUUGGCAGAUUUGGCAAAAGUUUUGGGACAGCUAGCCGGCGGAGACAAUUGUGUAUUUAAAUGUCCCAAAGGUAAGAUCUUCCUAAGGCCGGUUUGAAGCGCCUCGAUAAAUAGCAAAAUAGACUCUACUUUAAGAGUAACUAACACCUUACUGAAACACACUACAAGUGCACGUUUGAAAGAGACAAAUAAUGUAUAUAUAUGUGAUUUGGUUUAAUACGCUACACUGACUGCUCCUAUAUUGCCUUAUAAAAGUCAUGUAAAUAAUAAUAGCACGGUGACGGUCAUUAAUGGCUCCGAAUGUCACACCAGAAGCGAUCGACUAGACUACCUUGAAACGAUCUUAAGGAGCCCUAAACACCCGAUAUACCCACCGUUAUUUCCUUUUUUUAGUCAUUAUCUUAACCACGAAAAAACAUGGCAAACAAAGUUGUGCACAAACAUAACAUCAUUCCUUCAGCAGGUUUCAAAUGAGAUGACCUGGUGUAUUUUGAUUGGUUGCCCAUAUGGUCCAUUUAUUUACUCACCUGAGAAAUUGACCGUAGGCUACAUAAAUCAAAAAGCAACUAAUGCUUUCAAGAAUAUUUUUUUUUUAACUAAAGAAAAAAAGUAUAUGUUUUUCACAUACAUUUUUGAAACUGAUAAUUUCUUUUUUUGACAGGACACAAACCUCUUGCUAAUCCAAAACACAUACCAUCAUCAGAUGGCUGUGGUUCCAUGGGAAUCAAGGUAUAAUUCUGAAACUACUUUAACCCUAAUAUCAGUGUGCUUAUUAUUUACUCUGUUCCCAACACAUUUCUCUUGAAAUGAAUGAGAAUUUAUUGAACAAUCAAGGCAUUUUUUAAUAGGACGAGUGUGUGACUUUGCUCCCUUCCUUCAAUCCCCAAGUAGGGGUGGCGAAUAGUAAAAUCCGAGAUGCUGAGAUCCUAGUUAGAAAUCCAAGCCCGAGACUCUUUGGUAAAAAGUUUUGAGACUCAAAGAAAGUAAAAACAAACCAUGCAAAAACGAGACUUCGAGACUUAUCAAAAACACUUCCAAGUUUUCGAGAUCCUGCCAAAAUUUGCCGAGACCCACGUUUUUCGAGGUACCAUUCACCACCCCUCCAAGUGACCUCCAAGGUUGUUACAACUAAAAACAUGGAACUAAACAUUUCAAAUAGACUGUGAACAGGCUCAGAUUUGGAGCAGAGCAAAAAAGUGGCAAGUAGAGCUAGAGUGUGACCAAUAAUUUUUCACCCCACUCCACUUGGGACCCUGUUCACAAGCUACUUUCAAAAGAUUUGACUUCUUAAAUUAUUUGUGUAUUUCAGAUUUUAAAUAUAGUUUAUGUCCAAAAUAUUUUUGAGUGAAACUAGGGUGUAGAUAAUAGUCCAGGCUUGGCAAGAAGAAAUGCUAGCCUGACUGAUUAUUCUUUAGCCUUGGGCUAUAGAUGGAACUUCUGUUGUGAAAAUCAAGAUAAGCAAUGCAACCAAAGACAUUUUUGUUGUGUUGUCACUUACACACAUGCACUGUCAUUACUUAAACUGGGCAUAAACCAUCCCUGUUGCAGUUAAUUUCUGUUUUUCCUUUGUUUUAAAUUCAUUAGCAUUCAUUACCAUACCUAAAAACAAUGGAAAAAUAAAAAUUAACUGAAAUAAAAAAUUAACUACAACAUCCCCCUUUACAUUGGGUUUAUUCCUUUUCUGCAGCUUGACACAACUCACUUCGCUGGCUUUACCAGAUGCUGUGACCUCCAUGACAAAUGCUAUGACACAUGUAACAAUGACCGCAACCAGUGUGAUGAAGAUUUUAAAUCUUGUCUAGACAAUGAGUGCCUCUUAACAGGGCUUGGCAAUCGCCUGCCUAAAGAAGAGCUGGAGGCUUGUCAGAAAUCUGCAGACCUUAUGUAUUCAGGGACUUAUGCUCUAGGGUGCAUGUCUUACAAAGAAGCCCAGAGAAAUGCAUGUCUAUGUAAUGGAAGAAAAAUAACUAAGAACGAAAUGGAUGAACUUGAGAGAGAUGAGGAAUUAUAACCCAUCAUGAAAUUAAUACUAGUUGUAUAUCUACUUUCAAUUCAAUUUAUUUAUUUGAAAAGUACAUAUUUGAUAGCGAAUCAGCCUAUAAGACUUUUACCCUUCCUGGCUUUUGUCUUAAUCAAAGAAAAGAAAGUUACAACCAUGAGUAAAAAAGCCAGGACAGCCAUCUGUUAUACACAGGCAAUAGUAGAUUUGAUACUUAAAGCAAAUAACAUUUCACCUCAAAUGAGCAGCACAAGUACAAGCCAACAUCCAACACAUUUCCUUUUUUCCAAUUCUUGAAAGAUUCUGGUGGUCUCAUAGUGUUCAUAUUAUUGUGCUAUUUUUAAUAAAAAAAAUCAUGCAACUUCUGUUUGGCAAUUAAAUAAUUCCUUUUU